AUUAGAGAAGCCCCCGUGGAUUUUCAAGGGCAGUGUUGUGUACCAGAUUCAUUCCGUUCGAGUCGACUCUGUUCGACCUUUCAUCCCCAAAAAAUUCAAAGUGGUCCAGAACUUUGGAGAUACUAUGGGAGGGUUUUUCCUCGCCAAUUACGAGGAGAGCCCUUUUGGUGCGUUCGACGAGUUGGUGAUAAUUGCUGCUAUAGUUAAGUCGGAUCGAUCAUCUCGCGCAUGGGCUGCGAAAGUUCUUGUCAACAGCGAUGAAGCUCGCGACCACGGACGAAAGGUAUUCGGACUUCCUAGUCAAGUUGCCAAUUUUAUAAAGGUGUUAACUAUGCCGAUGAAGCUCGUAUAG